AUGAUCAGAAGUCAGACCCGUGUCGAUAAAUACGCCAUGCCGUCGGUGUCAUCAUCGUGUUGUAAGAAAGGACCAGGCUACGCGACUCCACUUGAUGCUAUGCAAAAUGGUCCCCGCGAAAAAGUCUUAUACGUUGCAAUGGUUUCAUGCCAAGAAAAUCAACCUGAUUAUUUAGCAACGAUUGAUGCUGAUCCGGAUUCUCCAGACUAUCAAAAAGUUAUCAGUCGAUUGUAUUCUCCAAAUAUAAACGAUGAAUUUCAUCACUUCGGAUGGAAUGCUUGUUCGUCGUGUCAUGAUGAUUGUAGCAAAGAACGACGAUUUAUUGUCUUGGGUGGCUUUAAAUCAUCGAAUAUCUACAUCCCAGACAGACAAGACCCUUAA